AUGGAAGUGCCGCAGAUGGACGGGAUGGAGCCAGAAACCGAGAGGAUGGAAGUCCCGAACCAACUGCCUCAAGACCUCCAGGAGAACUUCGAGCCAGAGGACCAACACGUGCUGCCUUACCUCGGGAAGCUGGAUCAGGACGGUAGCCUCGUGUGUCCCGAGCCUAUCGAAGAACCCGGAGAGGAAGUGGACCGCUUGAUUCUGUAUCAGACGGUUGAGGAGGAGGAGGAGGAGGAGACGAUGGAAGACUCUCUUGACGCUGAAACCUUGAUAGGGAACGCGACCGGAGAGUUUCUGCAAGCGAGACGGAUUUCGGAGGACGAUCGAGCGGAUCUCGCCGAUCAAGUGGACGAGAUAUCGGAAGGGAGGGUGGAUCACGUUUGUCUUAUGGGCGACAAGGCGGCGAAGCAGCUACACGGCAAACAGAAUCAGAUGGAGCUAGCGAGCAUUUACAUUUCAUCUCCUGCAGCGGGUUCGAAGUCCGAUGAAACCGCCGCGGAGGGAAGCAGAGUCAAAACCGAAGUGUCGAUGGAUCCGGAAAGUUACGAAGACGUUGUCGAAGAUCUGACGUUACCGGACAGCAAGAAUAGAGUGUUGACGUUCUCCCUCGGGCAGGACAACAAAGACAACAUGCUCGAUCGGAAUGAAAUCAAAAUUGCCUCGAAUCUAGCCGUAAACAGCAUCGACACGAAGCCCAACGACCUCAAGUUCUCUCUUCUGCAGGACAACGCCGGCGGGAGGAAACCUUCACAUCUGCAGCUGCCGAUUAAAAUCGAGGAGACCAAGACGGAAGUCCGAGGACGAUUACCCGAUAGCUCCGAAGUCAAACGCGCUAAAUUCAUCGCUUAUUCUGUUAAAUCGGAGGUGUUGGUGACCAAAGCCGAGCAGUUGGACUUUUCCGUGAAACCGGAAUCACUGGAGACCAAACCUGAAGAUCUGAGCCUUCCGAUGAAGCCCGAGAGCUUCGACAGCAAACCCGAAGUCCUCCAGUUCGCAGCGUACUCGCACAGCGCCGAAAUCAAACCCGAAGCCAAACCGGUGGUUCUCGGGUUCGCCACGUAUAUAAGCGGAGUCGGGCUGAAGACCGAGACGAAGCCGGAGUUCGUAGCUUACCCGGACAGCUCGGAGAUCAAACCCGAGGCCAAGCCGGAGGGACUGGAGUUCGCGGCGUUACCGGAGAUCAAAGCGGAGACGAAGCAGGAGCUUUUAGAGGCGGACAGCACGGUGCUCACGCCAAAGCUGGAGCAGGCGGACGGGCUGGUGGACGCCACGGAAACGCUGGUGAUGAAAGGACAGGUGAAGGAGGAGAGGCCCAGUACACCAGUUCCUGUGGUGGAAGCUUACGCCGGCAGUCCGAGGUUUGCAGCUCCUAUUUCCAUCUGUGAGAUUCCCGACAGUCUGCACGACUCCCGGGAGCCGACCAUCGCUCAGCUGUUACAGGAGAAAGCACUUUACUCGUUUUCUGAGUGGCCAAAGGACCGGGUGAUCAUCAACCGCCUGGACAGCAUCUGCCACGCCAUCCUGAAGGGGAAGUGGCCUUCAUCCAGCGAGCAGUACGACUCUCCCGGCUCUCUGGCUGCUAACUCCUGCCUGGCUAACAGCUUAGUGCAGCACCACCAACACCGAGCCAGCUUCCUGCCCACCACCACCAUCACCACCACCUCCUCAGGCUCCGUCCCAGGCCAGGCCCGGGUUCAGCAGGCCAACCCUGGACUCAGCUUUUCAAUCCCUCCCCCUCUCACCAGACUACCUAAGUACAUGCAGCGGGGUGGCGCAUGCGGGCGCGGAGCUUGGCGCCUCACCUCCUUGCCUCUCUUACAGGAGAGGCUGGUGGCUCCUCCUUACCUCCCCGAGCUCAAACGAGCGGGGGGUCGGAGGUCUUUCGACUAUGAGGCUGCUGCUGCUGCAGCAGCUGCCAAGGUGUUAGCUGGGAAAACAGCCUCGUCGUGCCACGCCGCUUCCGCCGCCAGCUCCGGCGGUGAAAAAGCGCCAGUGGUCGCCCCGGCCUCUCAUCGUACGGGAGCCAUGUUGAUUAACGGGUGGCAAGAAACAGCCAUUGAUCUAACCAAGUCGUCGGGAGAAAUAAGCACCAGCAGUGGCGUCGGGACGGGCGACGCCGUGGUCGCACCGGGAAUCGGCCACCACGGUGCCAGUGCAGGCAGCACGCACAAGCUGCCUCCGCCUCCCAUCACAGCACCCAUACCGGGCUCUGUCGGCAUCGACAUGGCCGGGAUACUGCAGGCCGGCCUCAUCCACCCUGUAACGGGGCAAAUAGUUAAUGGGAACCUGAGGGGAGAUGAUUCUCUGAGGAGGAGGAGAGGGAGGAGGAGAAACGUGGAAGCACUGUACUCUGAGUUCACCAAGAGCCGAGGACUGCACCUCCCAGAGACACAGAGUCGAGUGGAAGUGAUCAGCCACUCCUCCGUUUCCUCCUCCACUUCCUCGCCGUCCCCGUCUCCGUCAGAGCGACCCGCCGGCCCACCGACGCCGUCCUCGUCCUCCACGCCGACCCCCACCCAGACGCCUCCGCAGCCGGAGAUCGUGGCCAUCGACAGAGAAGCGGCGAGCAAAGGUCUGAUCGAGUGGCUGAGACAGAACCCGGGUUACAGCAUGGAUCUGCCCGCCUUCGCUCACUCUGGCCUCCUGCAUGGCUUCGUGGAGCGUCCCAAGCAGAGGAGGCAUCGCUGCAAAGACCCCACCAAGCUGGAUAUCAACUCUCUGACCGGGGAGGAGAGAGUCCCUGUAGUACACCGAGGCACCGGACGCAGGCUUGGUGGCGCUAUGGCUCCGGCUAUAAAGGAGCUGUCCAGGUGGCUGGAUGCCAACACAGAGUACUAUGUAGCUCCAGACUGGGCUGAUGUGGUCAAACACUCUGGUUUCCUCCCCGAGGGGAAGUUCUCUCGGAUCCUGACCGAACCGGUCAACAGAGACCCGGGCUCUCGUCGCCGCGGACGCCGUCCUCGCAGCGAGAUGCCGAAGCCCCUCCUGUCCGUCUCCGACUCCUCCACCUCCGGCCUCGGCCCCCCUCUCUUCAUGAACGGCGGCCUCAUCGGCAGCAUGGACUCCAUGGUCGCUAUGCAGAACCUCCGCGGCGGCAUUCCCGGCAUCCCCAUCUCCGGGAUCAUGGCGGCGGGAUUCACUCACGGUUUCCCGGCGGCGGUCACGGCCGGAGGAGCCGGAGCGUCCGCCGAAGACGCCAAGAACGGGUUGAGUAUGUUACCCAUGAUGCUUCACGGCAUCCCGCACCCCCAUGGGGCCGGGAUACCGCAACACGCCUUGUUCAGCGUCGGCGCGAUGAUGGCGCACACGGCCCCGCCGCCGCCUCACUCCACUUCCUCCUCCACCUCCUCGUCUUCUUCGUUGUCCGCGGCGAAGGUCACCACGACGACCGCGCCGUCGAUGUCUGAGGCGGCGAGCCCCUCGUCGACUACGUCCGCAGACAGGGAGAGCAACGCUGCAUCUUCUUCCGGCGGCGAUAAAAGCCGCGAGGAGAAAGAAGCGGCGGAAAGCAACAAGAGAGCGGCGGAGGCGACGGCGGCCAUCAUCACCUCCACCAGCAGGGCUCAUCUCGGCGCCGCUCACAUCGGAGGCGGCGGCGGCAGCCAUCUUACCUUCAACCCCUUCCUGAUCCCGGGAAUGUCCCACGGCCUGCUGUACCCGCACAUGUUCCUACCACACGGUGGCAUCAUGGCGCUGCCCGCCAUGCCGCCCGGCGCCGUAGACGGCUCCCCGGGCAGCCCGAAGAGGAGGAGGAAGAGAGGAGGGGGGCGGGAGGGAGAGGAGGAGAGGGAGAAGGAGGGCGAAAGUACAGUUAAGGCUAGCGUCAUCUCUCAUCACCCCGCCUCCUCUUCAUCAUCUCCCUCCUUCUCCUCUACCUCGGCUCCAGAGGUUGGACCACCUCCGACCGAAGAGCCUCAAACCGGGCGGGGAGACGAAGGAGGAGGAGGAGGAGAGGACGGGCCCUCGGAGCCCCAGCAGGAACUGGACUCCCAGAACCAACCUGAGGAGGGAGCCACGGCAACGACGACGACAACGACGACAGUGGAGGAAGAGGAGAAAGAGGAAAGAUUGGAGGACACAGGAGGAGGAGGAGAGGGAGAGGCGAUGGAGCAGGAGGAGGAGGAGCAGAGACAGGUGGACGGAGAGGAAGGGUAGAAGGAGGAGCGCGGAGGGAAAACUGCAGAGUGAGGAGAGCGAAAUCCUCCCUCUCUCUCUCUCUCUCUCUCUCUCUCUCUCUCCUCCUGUCGUCUCCUUCUCGACUGAGCAACAGUGUAAAGUUUGUGCCGUGUCUGUCAGUCAAUGUCCAUGUAAAGACUUUUAUUAUGAUGAUGAUGAUGAUGAUGAUGAUGAUGAUGACUAAUAAUAAUGAUUAUAUUCAACUCGGUCAUGUUUAUAUACCAGGACCCCACCCCCCCUCCCCCUCCCCCCCCCCUCCCCUCUCCCUCUUCUCCCACCACCACUCCCCUCCUUGUAUACAAAAAAAAACUACAAAAAAAAAAAAACUAGUGUAAGAAAUGAUCUUCUGUGUAUUCUUCCCCUUUAUUCUGCAACGAGACUCGAGUCGGGAGGGACACUUCUCAUCAACAGGAACACACACAAACACACUUAUACACACACACAAACACACACACACUCACACAAUGCAGGCAAAGAUGUGCUAACCAUGAGCGGCUUUGACAGUUACAUUUUAAAAAGGUUUAUAAGCUCAAAAUCGAUCCAAGAUGGUCCGCCGUCGCUUAGUGUGUUUUUUUGGUGUUUUUUUGGACACGCAGCUUCAUUUUUUUUUUUUUUUUUUUUUUUUGGCGAGGAUGACUCUGAAAACACAGACAGCCUCUUCACACUCCACUAAAUCUCCUUUUAAUCUCCUUUUUUUGUGCAAUUCUCAAAAAAAAAACCUGCAGGCUAGUUUCUAACCUGGAAGUGUUAUUAACCUAGGACUAAAACUAGCAUUCCCAGAUACAUGUGACACUAAAAAAAAAAACUACCUUUUUUUUUUUUCCUUAGUUGAUACCGAGGGGGGAAAAAAAAACGCUGGUAAACAUUAACCGAAUAUGCAAAAGUUACUCUACCAGGA